AAAGCAACCUGAAAGAAAUAAGACGUAUUGGAGCUCCGAGCAAGGCACAUGCUGAGGCUUUAACCACUCUUCUAGAAGCUACCAUCUCCAAGAUUACCCUGAAGGACAGUGACCUCCAAAGCAGAUCUAUCAUUGCAGACAGACUGCAGUCAAUGCUGCGCAGAACAAUCCCAGAUGUGGAAGUGAAUCUGUAUGGCUCAUCAUUGAGUGGGUUUGGUUUUCAAGACAGUGAUGUGAAUCUUGGCAUGGAGGUUCCUGAGCAAAAUUUUCCACCUGAAAUCCUUGUUAGAGCUUUUGAAGCUCUCAUACCCGAGGAUGCUUACGUUGAAGAUGUACACUCGGACUUUGAAGGUCAUUUUCCCUGUAUCAGAUUCAGUGAUAAAGAAAGUGGUCUCAGAUGUGAACUGAGUACAUGUUCACUUUCUGCCAUGAAGACAUCGAAGUUACUCUCUCAAUAUCGUCAGCUUGAUACCCGAGUGCAUUCACUAGCCAUGAGUUUGAGGUACUGGGCAAGACUCUGUAGGUUGGAUAGUCAGUCAGAUGGCAGCAUACCGGCAUAUGCGUUUGUCUUGAUGACCAUCUACUUUCUUCAGCAUUGUAACCCACCAGUUGUUCCAGUUCUUCAAGAGAAUGAGACUUUGGAAUGCCAAAAUGUGGACAGCCUUGGAGAACUGUGGAUCAAGAUGUUACGAUUUUAUGCAGUUGAAGUGGCAGUGGAAAAAAUGGUCAUCUCUGUGAGAAACCGAGAACCAAUAACCAGAGAGGAGCUGAAGAUUCCGAAUAGAAGGCUGGCUAUUGAAGAUCCCAUUGCCCUCAAUAAGAAGAACAUUGCCAAGUCGCUUACCUCCAACACUGUCUUUCAGUACUUGAUGGACCGACUUCAAGGAGCUUUGCUUUAUUUUGGCAAGCCACAGAAGACAACAUGUACGUGCAAAAGUCAAGCUGUGAAUAGCAACAAGACUUUCAGUGCUCCAAAUGCAACCCAACCACAUUGUGAUAAUGAUACCUCAGAGGAAGAUGAUAAUUGUACCAAAAGUGAAACUUCAGAUGACAAUGCUACUAAAAUUUUGGAUCUGGGAAAUGCAGGUCUUCAACCUAAACACUGUGUGGAAUUAGACACUGAAAGUCAGCAGACCAGAUUCAGAAAAAUGUGUGUAAGUGAAGAAAAUGUAGGCAGUAGCAUACCCAAAGACUUGAAAAAAAAUGCCACCGGUAACUCCCAAUUAACUCAGUCCAGCAAGGGAAGAGAGUCUUUUUCAACUACGUACAAACAAAAAACGAAGACGGAGGAUGAUUCAGGCAUGGAAUAUGUCAGUGACAAAAGCUCAGUGGGAAGAAACUCAGAUACAUGUAAUUGUGUUUACUCAUUAACUGUUGAUUCUAGUGGAAGGAAUGAUUUAGUGAGUGGAGUUGACGCCAAUGAUCAACAUAUCAGUACAACUUGUGAGCAAGAUUGUGAUGUGCCAGACAAGCAGAUUUGUUCAGAUGAUUGGUUUGAGGCUGACGUUGAACAAGAAAAGGAAUCCACUGCUAUAACUGAUAGCCAGCCUGGUGAUAACAAGUCUGAGAUCUCAUUUUGUGAGCAUAGCCUCAACUUUACGUUCUGUGAAAAGAUUCUAACUGGUGGUAAGAAGGUCAUCACAGUUUGCAAUGGCUGUGGAAAAGAGGGCCAUAAAGUUGCUGAGUGUCCAGAUGAUGCUGUUCCUAAUCUGGCACCAUUACCUCCAAUGGACGAAGCCUUCCUGAAAAAAAUUGAUGAGUUGUGUAGAUCCAUUGAAGAUCGAUAUUGCCUCAGAGACUGGGUUAUGAUGGAACGAGACCAAGCUGUUGCUUCAUAUGAGAAAUUCAUUCGCUGCAAUGGCUAUCCAGAUGCUGUGCUUCGACUCUUUGGCUCAUCAAGAAAUGGAUUUGGAUUUUGGAACAGUGACAUGGACAUCUGCUUGAAAUUCCGGGAUAGUCAGAAUCCAGAGCACAUAGACAUUCCAACCAUCAUUGAAGACCUUGCUCAGAAGCUAAAGAGACACUCCAGUCUGCAACAUAUCAUUCCCAUCUCAACAGCCAAAGUCCCUAUUGUCAAGUUUUUUGAUCAGCGUUUGCAGCUAGAUGUUGAUGUAAGCCUCUACAAUUGCCUUGCACAGGCCAACACACAAAUGUUGUAUGUAUACUCCAAGAUUGAUCCAAGAGUGAGACAGUUAGUCUACACAGCAAAAGUCUUUGUUAAGAAGUGUGAUAUAGGAGAUGCAUCGAAAGGCAGUCUGUCAUCCUAUGCCUACACACUCAUGAUGAUAUUCUUCCUACAGCAGAGGGAUCCACCUGUUCUCCCAGUAUUACAGGAGCUGUAUUCAGGUGAAGAAAAACCUCAAAACAUUGUGGAAGGCAGGAAUGCGUGGUUCUUCAGCAACCUCAAGAAACUGAAACAUUUUUGGAGAUGUGGCAACAAGGAAUCUGUUGGAGAGUUGUGGCUAGGAUUUCUGCGUUUCUUCACAGAAGAAUUCAAUAUCAAAAAACACGUUGUGUGUAUCCGACAGCAUAAGCCACUCACACGUUUUGAGAAGAUGUGGACCAGCUCUGCACGUGGGUAUGCUAUUGAAGAUCCAUUUGACUUGGAUCACAAUCUAGGCAGCGGAGUGUCCAGGAAGAUGACAACGUUUAUUUCGCAAGUGUUUAUUAAUGCAAGGGAGCGUUUUGGUAUCCCAAAUAGAACCGUGAGCUCCAGAAAUGACUUCAUACAUGAAUACUUCUUUGACACCUUUGUGUUGACUGGAGGUGAGGCUCCACCAAAUGAUCGCUGCUGCAGGGUGUGUGGGAAGGUAGGACACUUCCUCAAAGACUGCCCACAUCGAAAAGGACACAAGGAGAUACAACGGAGCAGAGAAAGAAAUCAAGAUUCAAAGAAGACCAGAAACAGAGAAAUUAAUAGAAACAAACCACAAAGAGAGCAAGCUAAAAAUGAUGUAAAUCCUUCACCAAACAUACAAGCAGCAGUUCCCAAACAGAGUGCCACAGUUAUGACAGCAGGAGACAGAAAGAACACAGCAGCAGCAUCUUGCAUGGUUUCAGAAAAUGCAGAUGACAGGAAAAGAUCUCAAAAUGUAACAACAGUGAUGAAACCUGAAGUGACUGAAGAAUUUGCUAAAGUAACUGCUGUUCAGACCACUGUGGAUUAUUCGCAGGGUCAUGGCUUGCGGAAGGAGAAUAGUAUUGGAGAUAAUUGGGAACUGCAUCUAAAGGAAAAGAAACGGCAAAAGACACCACAUGUAGAUCAGAGCAGAAUGUCUAAACCACACAGUGGAAACAGCAAGGGACUCGUCCACGUAACUAGUUCCAAUACAGUUCCAGUGAAUGCUAAAAAUGUAUUGAGUAGUUGUGUUGCUUCAGCUGAUUCAGAACAAAAACCAGUGAGUUAUUCUUCAUUACAGAAUGAGCAUGUGAAGGUUGAGCAACCAUUAGCACAGACAACAACUUCUCUAUUACAUAAAGCACUGCUGGAACCAAAGAUUCUUGAUAGGCAGUCAUUUCAAGAUAUACAAAGACAGCAGCAGCAGUAUCUUCAAAAUGCAAGGCAACAGCUUGUUCAUCAAUCACAAUCUUUUCCAUCCUGCCAGUCUGCCCUGUCUAUAGUCAGUACGUCCUCAAAGAAUGCACAUUUGGUUCAAGGUAGCCCACUUUCUUAUGAACAGCCAGACUGCCAUCAAGAGCAUUCACAUCAGCGGCAACAACUUCCACAGCACAAGGUUCAGCAAGUGUUACCACAAGAAGAACAGCAUCAAAGAAUUCAUAGUGGUCAGGAGGGAGAGAUAACACCAAAGCAGUUUCAGCAGCAACAGGAGAGGUACCAGCAGCAACAGUACUACCAGCAGAAAGGGAGGAUGCAGUACCACACACGGCAACAGGAAAAGCAGGAGCACCUGCAGCUACAAGGUUACCAGCCGCAGUGGGAGAGGCAGCUUUAUCACCACCAGCAGCAGCAACAGUAUCACCAGCAACAGCAGAGGCAGCAGUACCAACAGCAACAGCGGAGGCAACAGCACCAACAGCAACAGUAUCCAAAUCAGCAAUGGCAGUACCAAUAUCAGGAGAGGCAACAGUUUUCUUCUCAACCAAAAAUACCUGUGCAAUCUAAACAAAACCAACCCUGCCUAGUUCAGGAGCAGCAAAGCACUGGUGGAAGAUUUAAUCUUGAAUGUUUCAAUCAGUUGGCACAUUCUUUGUGUUUUCAACAAAGUCUGCAUCCAAGUGAAAAGCCUCGGACUUUACAAGAAAUUGAAGAAGCACAGCUGAGAAAACACCAACCAGAGCACAAAGAACAGAUAAAACCCAACUUCACAGUGUCAGAGCAUCAUAAUGGCACAACUGAAGAUCAAAUUUUCCUCUUGUCUCAUGUGGCAAACUCACCUGCUGUGUCAGCAAGGAUAGAGGAAUCCCCUUGUCUGAACAGUCAGGCGUCAGUUCAUGGUAUCAAUCCUGAUUCAGCACAAUUUGGAGUUUUACAAGGGAAAGUUUGGGACCAAAAUAGUCAGCCAAUUUUGACACCUCCUACUGGACAGAGAAGUCUUGGGGGCAGUGGUUUGCCAGUUAACACCAGUCAAUUGUGUCAAAUGGCAUGUGAAGUAAGUCCUAUCACGUAUCAAUAUAGGACUAAUUUCGAGGAGAGUAAUAUAGGAAGUGCACUUCUUCAGGGUGUUGGCAUGCUGCAGAACAGAGACGAUGGAAAUCAACAGGAUGAUAUUAGAGGAUGAUAGUAGUAGCUGUCCAGCAUGUGCCAUUGGUUGUGAACCACUACUUCAACCAAUUAUGCAAGAAAAUUUAGUCUUUGGACAUAAUCAUAUAAAGCAGUAAGUAAUAUUGCAAAGCUUGAUUAACACGUACAUGUAAGUUUUUUAAAAUGUGAUUUUAUCACCUGAAGUAUUUUGUUUCUUUUUUCUUUCACAUGC